UCUGAGCCAUGGUGGCAGCGGGCAUACGAGUUAUGCUGCUUUGCCAAGUUGUUUGAAUGGCAGGCACCAUGCAGCUAGAGCAAGCUGCUGGGGAGAGUGGUUGGCAACUGGAGAUAUUGGAGGAUCCAGCGAGGCAAGGAAAGCGCUUGGAUUCAGUGGCAGAGUUCAUGGACUUUCUUCGUUGUGGUAAGCACUCGGAUGGAGAAAUGUACAUCCUCACGGAAGGCAUCUCCAAAUUGAAGCUUGAGACCUCACUACCAGAGACCUUGCACCAGGCGUGUUUGACCAAGCAAUCCACGGUCGAAGCGCUCUUGAAUACGCUUGACCGAGGUGACCCUUGGGCUGGCGAACUUUUCUGGUGGCCGCCGGGAGAAACCAAACGCGAAGAAGUUUGUGGAGUUGAUCUGUGCAACAAACUCUUGCGAUAUCGCCCGUUCGCUGAGACAUGCUACGUUGCGGAAAUGCGAAGAUCGAAGAGGGCAUUGCACGGCCAAAGUCUCGAGAUGACCGAUACAUUGACACUCACUGAUGUCAAGGACUUGGCUUCCUUUCAGCUUCCGUUCUGGGACCGUGGACAUGGCUUUCUGGGAUCCGCUGGCGCAGGCAUUUGUCUACACGUGGAUCAGGCCUGGUGGAGCAACGUUGCAAAAAACUUCUUUGGCAACAAGCUGGUAGCACUCUGGGGUCCAGGAACACGGGUGCUGGACACUUGCGGCGGCGAACUCUUCAGAAAACCAUUAUGUGAGCGGCACCUAGCUGCGUUGGCUGAAUGCAGACGAGUGGCUUUGCUCCGCCCUGGAGAUGUGGCAUGCUUCACGGGAGGUUUGCCACACACUACACUGGUUCUGGGAUCAGCAUUGAAUCUCACCUUUUAUGAGAGCUUUCUGAACUGGAACUGUGACAACUUGGAUCUUCUCCUUUCAGGGCUUCAGAGAAGGGUCGACCAAGCUUGGUGGCAGAACAAUAUGGAGCCAAAGUUUGUGGAGACGGUGCUUGGGGACAUUGUUCGCGUGGCAGGAGAUUUCAUCGAGGACUCUGAGGAUCACGAGAAAUUCGUAUCGUUGCUGCGUACAAGGCCGUUGACCGCUGCUCGUUUGGUGCAAGCAGGCAUACAAGAGCGCUUGCGGCCAGGGACAGCCAAAAGGCGCUGCUUGCGAUGAACACAGCGGCGACGCUUGGCCGUAGCAUUUCAUGACGUUGAGAUGUGGACGAAGGCAUCAUAG